AUGGGGUCAUCCGAGCCACCACUCGAGGAAUGCCGGCGGAUGUACAGACAGGAGGUGCAGCUUCUCCUCUCAGACCUGACCCGAUUCCGGAAAGAGUGCAGGCUUCAGAUGAAACAGCAAGAACGUGAUCUUGAGUCGCACAAGAAAAGAUGCCGACGGAUAAGGAAGAAGGGGGCAUCUAUCAAACCUGAUCAACAAGAAUCAGAGGAUAGUGAGCAUGAGGGUGCUCCGGACGCCAGCGAUAGUACUAAUUUCCGAACAGAGCUGAAGAAACUUGAGGCCAACAUGGCGGCUCUAGAGGAAAAGCAGGCUUUUCUUGACCACGAACAAGAACUGCUCGACAAAGAAGAAAACUUGUCGAAAAGAACACAGAAACUGAAGGACUUUGAAAAAGAGGUUGAAGAGGCGGAGAUGAUGUUGGAUAAACGACAGAACCUCGUGAGGCAACGGUCUAUGACAGUGGAGCAGCUCAAUCAUGAUCUAUUGACGAUGAAAUCUGAGCUGGAAGAACGGCUGACGAACAUUGAACAAGAUGAAGGUGUGUCUGACACUGUUACCCAUGACAACGAUCAGGCUCCACAGCAACCACUGUCCCCGACUGCUUCUUCCAAUGCCCGCCAUAAUUGGCAAGUUGCACGACGUCAUCUCGUAGAUAAAGUGAAACUGUUGGAGGCCACCGUUCAGCGUUACAGAACACAGGUUGCGUCGUCAACAGCUACAAUUACAGCGAAAGAAAUGGCAAUCGACCGUCUUGUAAAAGAAAAUUCAUCACUUAGGGAAGAACUGGAUGAGAAAACGAAACGAAUUAAAAAAUUAGAAUCACGUCUGUCAUUGACAAUAGAAGACAAGUCUCGGAGUGAUAAGGAACUGAAUAUGUUGUUGGAAGAACUUCAGAACAUCGAUCUGUCUACACCACAAACAAUACUUUCUCAGUCUGAAAAGCAAUCGCACUCCAGUAAAUUAAGACCUUUUAAAAAGCAAGCUUCGUCGUUUUCGUUCUUUGACCAAAAUGGCACCUCAUCCAAAUUCAGUUCCAGCAAGCCGAAAAGAGCUCUGUCUGACAAAGACAUACCAGACAAUAAAGUGACGCACAUAGAGAGGGAUUUUCACAGUGACGAUUGUCAGUAUGGGCGCGAUAUUACAAACGGCGUGUUUUACGACAAAGAGAGUGAACAUGGAAGAAAAAAUAAUGCACAUAAAACGCUAGGUACAAGAAUUCAAAGGGAGGACCGCUUUGACGAAGCGGGUAGCAAAGCCUGCAUUGUCAUGUGAUUUCUGAUGGAUUGUGUACCAUUAUUGCUAAGCAUGUUAAACAAUUUUAAGAGGCAUUUCGAGUCGUGUUCGCUUUUAUUCUCUUCAUUAAAAUAGUGGACUUUUAUUUGG